CUCCUCCUCUCACUGAAAGUGAGACACCAGUGCUCUCCUACUUGCUAGCUCUCUUCUUCUUUUCCUUUCCUCACACACGCACACACACACACACACACACACAGACACGGCCCACAUAACUUUCUCCUUCUCCCUCUCCCCCUCCCCAUCGUUUCUCUCGCCCUCGUCACGUGCCGGCUCCUUCUCUCGAGCUCUCGGUCUUCCUCCUUCCUCCCAACCUGCAUACUCGACACAUAGCCCUGCUCCUCGAUCUAGACGGGCGUGGCAGAGUCGACUGCUCAAGCUUUGUUCACCAUUGAGCGACGCCACGCAGUUUUCCAUCGAUCGGCCACCAUGCUCAAGUCCACCUCCAGCAACAGGAGGCGAUUGCCCGUGGCCGCGACGGCAUUCUGUCUACUAAUGUUAUGCGCAGCAUCCCUAUCCACGCAAUACGGUGCAACAGGCGCUGUCACGUCGGAUUACACGCCCUUUACAAAUGUCAAGGCGAUCGCUCCACUCACAGAUGACUUUGAUUACGACCUGCGAUGCAAGUCAACGGUUCGUCCACGGCGCCAGCGGCUGUCUGGCUUUCUCCGCAACAUCAACCCGGAGCUGAGGGUUGAACAAUGCACGUUCAAGAAGCAGUACGAAGGCUUUGAGUGGCGCCGCGGGUUCAAGUACGUGCAGCUGGACGCAUGUGAGCUCAGGUGCUCUGAUCCCAACGCCCGGCCGCAGGACGACAACCGCCGACACACCGCCGUCGCCCUGGCCUUCUGCACCAACACAGGAUGGGCGGUGCGCGUGGAACGGCUGUCGCCACGGCGCAAGCCCGUACAGGGCCACCUCUCGUGCGUUUGCAAGGACGACUACACGCUCAACGAAGACACGGGCUUGUGCGAGCUUCGGUUCGCCAGGAUCACCGUUACCGCCACCGUCACAUUUGUGCGCCUGACGACUGGGCGAGGCAGCACAGUUGCGGCUUUGGAAGACGAAAUUAACGCCAUCUUGAGCGUGCCCGAUCAUCGCACGCAGAUUGACAGCGUGCAAACGUACACCGACGAGCGGGUGGUGUAUCCAGGAGUGGGCGCGCGUCAGUGCGACACACAGGAGCGUGGUGUUGUUGACAUUGAUGUUUUCGUCGCACACGAUGACGUUGAGGUUGCGCUUGCACGCUUGGACGAUGCAAUUGCGCAGAGGUUUCGAGCUGCGCUGUUGCCGUUUGCAGCUAAUCGCGAGGUGCGCCAGUGUCUGCGGGUGGAGACGCGUGUGCGUGCGCGCACCAACUUCCAGGACCUUCCAACGGCCCCGUCUUCCUCCACAUCGACAUCCACAUCGACGUCAACAUCGACAUUGACAACGACGACGACAACGACGACGACGACUACAAGUACUACCACUACCACCAACACCACCACCACGACGAGCACAACCACGAUCACAACAACAACCACGAUCACAACAACAACCACAAGCACCACGACCACAACCACGACCACAACCACCACCACCACCACCACCACCACCACCACCACCACCACCACGGCCACGACCAUGACCACAACAACAACAACAACAACAACAACAACAACAACAACAACAACAACAACUACCACAACAACAACAACAACAACAACAACAACAACAACAACAACAACAACAACUGAGACAACAACAACAACAACAAAGGCACCGCCUCCAUCUCGCUUGCCGACGCUGCCACCAUCAACAUCGACGUACAUGUCCACGACAGAGUGGGCCACCACUUCCUCAACCUCGACAACAUUCACCUCCAGUUCAAGCACCGUCCCUUUGACGUCGACCACCACCACGACCACAACCACCCUUCCCUACGACUUGCUGGAUGAAGUCAGCGACUACGCGACAUUCGUCUCCAACCAGACGCGCGCUGGCUGCACACGUUCCGUGUUGUCGACCAACGGCUACUACCUCCUCUCUGGCGCAGCUUCUGGCGUGCAGCAAGCCGGGUGUGAACGCGGUGGUGGCUGCAGCUGCUUCCACUUUGAGGAAUGCAACGACCCCGAGGGCAUGACAUGCAUGGAGGUGUACGAGUGCGAGACCAAGAGCGGCAGCGCCGACAGCUGCUACACCUUUGACGAGUGCGUGGAGGAUGACUUCCACAUUGAGGCCAUCAUGGCAGUGUCGUGCAACGACAACCAGCUGCUGGAGACCUUCAACAACACCAUGCUGGACGACUUUGCUGUCGACCUCAAGGCAUCGCUCAUCGAGGACUGCAGCGACCUUCCUCUGCAAUGCCAUGUCAAGUCUGAUGACUACACGGACAUUGAGGUUCUGGACAACAGCACCUUUGUCAUCGGCGUCUACAAGCCAAACGUGAGUUGA